AAAAAGGAAAAACAAAUUCGGCCAAGGAAAACAAAAAUAUUUUCUUUUCUCUCCUCAAAAAUGUCCAUAAUACCUCCAUUAUGUAAUCCUGUCCAUGCAAGCCUUGUAGGUAGCCAAAUGGAUAAAAACAAUAUUUCUUCAACAGGAAAUGCCAAAAUAAAUGUUGGCACUCCCACAAUUCUUCAAGAAUCGGAAAAAGCCGCAGCUAUGUUUAUUCCCAAAACUUUGGGACAAACUAACUUUGAGAAGUUGCUUAAAGACAAGUGUUUCUCUUCGAUGAAUAUUUCUGCGUCGACUGCUGCUGGAUUUUUUUCGAAUUUUGAGCCUCCAAAAAUCAUGAACUUUUCUAAUAUGCAUAAUCAUUAA